AUGUCUCAAAGCAAACCUUCACACUUGUUGUUGGUGGACACGACUCGGGAGCGAUCAAAUUCUGAAAUUUCCAAUGAUGAUGAAGAAGAGGACGAGGAAGAGGAGGAAUUGGUUGUGGAUCAUCAUGGAUUGAAACAAGAAGAUGAUGAUUUGAAAUCGGAGUUAAAGUCUUUGGUUUCCGAAGUGAUCGAGCAUUCAAAAGAAGAUCCAAACCAUUUGGAGGCGCCUCUUGAAAUUGAUUCGGCUUCUCAUGACGCUACCAUUAGACACAAAUUAACUGUGUUUUCAAAUUGUCUCGUGAAUGACUACAUUACCAUAUUUAAAGAUAAUUCCGAACAAAGAGAAUUGGUGUAUGACUCUUUGUUUUAUCCUCAUCAUAUCAGAUCUGUAGUGUUGCAAGAAAAGAGAAAGAAGAAAUCAUCCUCAUCAAAUCCAUUAAGCUCCCCAACUGGAAUGCCAGGUCUCAUUGACUUGGAUAGCCCAGACAACGAUAUGACCAUACUUCAUUUAUAUUACUUGAUUGCAAUUCUGAAAGAACGUCAAAGAUAUCAAAUCAAACAAUAUUUAAAUAACAAAGGAGUGCGAAUAGUUCUAUCAUCUCAAGCUGAAGAGUGUCCCAUUUUCACUGAAGACUCCAUUCAGUUUCAUUACAAUGAUUUUGGCGUCGCUAUUGAUACGUUAUGCUAUUGUCUGGAAAGUAAUAGAUAUAUAGAACUUUCUGAAGAAGGACAGGUGAUUAAGAAGUUGACAAGCUCAUUUUUGAAACCAAUUGUUAUUACAAAGAAGAAGCUUGUUGCAUUUUUGAGUCUUUAUCCUGAUUUGCUUGAAAUCACCAAACCUCGAAAACAACUGGACUUGAUUUCACUGAAGUUUAUAUGCUUUUCAUUGACUGAUAAUCAUGAGCUCGUUGACAGAUUACGUUUAGAAUUGUCAGGAAAUGUUCUGAAUCUAAUGAGAUGUGAUACUAGUGAAGUCGAAUAUUCAACACAAUUCCGUAAUCUUCCCGAGAAAAAGAUUUUAGAUAUCAACAAUGAAGAACAUAUCAAAUUGAUUUUAAGGAUAUUAUCAGAGGACUUUCCAAAAAAUAGAACUGCAUUCAAGCUCUCUGUGUUGAGAAAAGUCAUCUUCAACAAGUACGACUACAAGCCCUUCAACCUCGUUUCUUUCCUUUGCUGCUUUCCUCAACAUUUCCAAAUUAAUCCAAAAUCGAACAAGAAAGUGAAGAGAAUUUUGCCAACAGUGGAUGACUACAAGCCACGAAUUGAAAAUCUCAUGUUUGGUACAGCAGCUGAGUGUAAAAAGUCACAAUCGUCAACUAGUUCAUUGACCAAACCAUUAUUUGACCUUCCACCAAGUGACCAGUACACAGUGAUAUUUGCUACGAAUCCAUCCGACGUUGAUGAUUGGAUAGAGAAAAAUAUUUAUCACCCACUGGAAGUUGGAGGAGAACAAACUGUCGUUGUUGGAAUGGAUACUGAAUUCGAUUUGUUUAAACUCAAUAAGAAUUAUCAACUAAAUCCAGUACUUCACGAAAAAUUGUGGAAACUAUUCAAGAAACAGAAACAAUUUUCAAGUGCAACUGGAAUAUCCAUUUAUAAUAAUGCAGAAUCAGAGUAUCUCAAAACACAAUAUUUCAAAGAGUUUGAACAGACUGUAUUUCCUGACCUUAUUCAAUUAUCAACUGGUAAUUCUUGUUUGCUCUAUGGAGGUUGUGAAGGCAUUCAUGCACCAUCACCACUUUUUGUUCAACUUAUGUACGAUCAAAGAGUACUGAAAACUUGGUGUUCAUAUGGUGAGGACGUUAAGCUGAUCAAAUUAUGGAUUCAACAUUACCAUAUGGCUCCACAAGGAAAGGACUUUGAGAGUUUGAUCGAAUUAGAUGCUUCUCAAAAGGGAGCAUCUUAUCUGUGUGAACAAUUACUUGGAAUGAAAAUGGCCAAAGAACGUUCUGUCCAAGUUUCUAGAUGGUCAAGAUUGAACUUGUCGGCCAUACAGAGAAAAUACGCAGCCCAAGAUAGUUAUUUGAAUUGGUUACUUUUCUCGAAAAUUGAAUCGGAAAGAAAGGACUAUUCUACUGUCGAGGACAAGGAAGACAUUUCCUUCUCUUUGUUCGAUCCCACGACACAACUUUAA